ACCAGCAGCAGGUGUUAUACACAGGGUCAGCUUCAGCUCCAGGCUUAUCGCCCGAUACAAUGUGAGCACUGGAUUGCGACAGAGGGGUGUUACACCAGCACCAGGUAAGGGGAACCAAAGUUUCAAAGGCGUGUCUGGCUUAUCAAAGAGACGGAAAUGUUCCAAGAGGGAUGUGAGGGCGAAAUCAUCACACCUUCUUAUGAUGCCUUCCAACCUUUCUGCCCCGUAUGCAAACGAGGCAGCACUUUAAAACCCUGACACAGGUGAGCUCUGCACCACUCAAGCAUGGACUCCUUAGGCCUGCCACAGUCAUCUGACUCAAAGAACAACAUAGAGCAAGGCGAAGAUGAGCAAAAAGAAGAGAAAAUCAGAGAUCUUAAAGCAAGCCCAGCACACUCCACUCUGGCUUUGGUGGAGCCAGGCUCAAAGGACACAGACCCCUGGGACCUCCCUGAGCUAAAAGACACUGGGGUCCCAUGGUCAGAUCUAGAUACCAAGGGUAAAGUGCUAAGGGUGCUGGGGUCAAUUGUAAAGUUCAUCGCCCUGCUGGGCCUCCUCUACGUGUUCAUCUGUUCCCUCGACAUCCUCAGCUCAGCCUUUCAGCUAGUUGGAGGCAGAGCAGCAGGCGAUAUCUUUCAGGACAACUCGAUUUUGUCUAAUCCGCUGGCUGGUUUGGUCAUCGGCGUCCUUGUCACUCUGCUUGUACAAAGCUCAUCCACCUCUUCCUCUAUAGUCGUCAGCAUGGUCUCGUCGGGGAUCCUAAAAGUCCAGGUAGCUGUUCCCAUCAUCAUGGGCACCAACAUUGGCACAUCGGUCACAAACACAUUAGUUGCCAUGACGCAAGCUGGUGACCGCAGCACCUUCCGCAGGGCUUUUGCAGGGGCUACCGUGCACGACUUCUUUAACUGGCUCUCUGUGCUGGUGCUGCUGCCUCUGGAAGUAGCCUCUGGUUACUUGUACGUUGUGACCGAACUCAUCAUCGACUCCUUUCAGAUCCAGAGUGGAGAAGCACCCGACCUAUUAAACGUGAUUACUGAUGUCUUAACUGAAGCUAUCAUACAGCUGGAUGAGUCUGUUAUUAGUGGACUUGCCACUGGAGACCCAGAUGCCCAAAACAAAAGUAUGAUCAAGAAGUGGUGUAAAACCUACAGCAACACAACCUUACAGAAUGUCACAGUUCCCGGUCCGGAGAACUGCACCUCUCCGUCUCUCUGCUGGAUCGAUGGCAACAUUACUGUCACUCUAAAGAAUGUGUCCGAAACAUACAACAUUCAGAAAUGUAAUCACAUCUUUGUGAACGUGAACCUGUCUGAUCUGGCUGUGGGUCUCAUCUUGCUGGCGCUCUCUCUGCUGGUUCUGUGUUCCUGUCUGGUCUGCAUUGUUAAAUUGCUUAACUCUAUGCUGAAGGGCCAAGUGGCUGCAGUCAUCAAGAAAUUCCUCAACACUGAUUUCCCCUUUCCAUUCGGCUGGGUCACAGGAUACAUCGCCAUUGUAGUUGGAGCUGGAAUGACUUUCAUUGUGCAGAGCAGUUCUGUGUUCACAUCAGCCAUUACUCCACUAGUUGGUAUUGGUGUCAUCAGCAUAGAGAGGGCAUAUCCACUAUCUUUGGGCUCAAACAUCGGCACCACCACCACUGCCAUUCUGGCAGCCAUGGCCAGCCCUGGAGACAGACUGGCUAAUGCUCUACAGAUUGCCCUUGUGCAUUUCCUGUUCAACAUCUCUGGAAUCAUUUUAUGGUAUCCGAUCCCCUUCACUCGAAUUCCCAUCCGACUGGCCAAGGGUCUGGGGAACGUCACUGCCAACUACCGCUGGUUUGCUGCAGUAUACAUCAUCUGCUGCUUUUUCCUGUUACCACUCUUCAUAUUCAGCCUGUCGCUUGCUGGUUGGAAGGUCCUUGUGGGUGUGGGCGUACCUUUAGUUGUCAUGCUUAUCAUGGUCUUGGUGAUCAAUGCACUGCAGAAAAGGAAACCUGGAUGGCUGCCUUCCGGACUGCGAUCCUGGGACUUCCUCCCUCUCUGGGCCCACUCUCUGGAUCCCUGGGAUAAAUUGGUCGGAGUGUUUAUAGCCAAAUGCUGCUGCUGUUGCAAAUGCUGCCAAAUUUCAAAUGAUAGUCAGGAACAUGAAGAGCAAGAAUCUGAUGAACAUUGUACAGAAAUACAUAAAGAGGUGUAUGACAACCCAAUGAUGUCUGUAGAUAAAGCUGUAGAGAAUGAAACAAGGAUAGAACUAGAUAAUAUAAAACAAACACAACUUUGAGGGUUUAUAUUUAUUGUAUUUGUGUGUUUCUGUGUAUGAUUUAUACUGGCCAUGGCACACAAACUUAAAGAAAUCUAUCUAUAUUUAUAUGAUUAAGUGAAGUUGGCAUGUUUUUAUGAUGAGAAAUAACAAUGAACACAACCUGAAGUGCUGAUGUUUAUUCAAUUGACUGAAGUAUGAAUCUAUAUUUGUGUUGUUAUUAACUGAUCCUCUGAAACAAUGGAUCCUGUCUCUGUCAGCAUCCUGCUCUGUUUGCAACUUUUACCUCACUCAUUUCUCUUUCAAAUUGAUUUAUUCUUUCAUUUAAGUUUGUUUGUAUGAAGAACUACUGAGACAUCAGUGUAUUACGUAAUAUGUUUGAACAAUCUGAGUUUGGAGAAUUUAGAGAGUUUUUGGGGAUAACUGCAAGCCAGAGGGUGGUCAGUUCCAAGGAAGAUUUCUAAUAUUUUUUACAACAGUGUUUAGUAGUUGAUGCUAAUUAAAUAUCAACUUAUACUUG